UUUUCUUUUUUUUUGUAAGAGAAUUAUCUUUUCCUUUUCUCCUUCUUCGUUACUCUCCAAAUUAAAUUUUUCCUGCUCCAAAAUUAUUAAUUUUUCUUUAUUUCAUCAAUGAUCCAACAACAGAGAAGAGAGAGAAAGUAGAGAGAGAAAAUAGUUGACCUAGUUUAGAGAGAUUUAGGGGAGGUUUGCUUUUUUUUUUUUUUUUUUUUUUUUGUGACUGAUCAACAGCUCUUUAAAGGUGAAUUUUCCAGUUCUUUGGAGCCCCACAAGGAACAGCAACAUCAGCACUACAAAGGGUUCUGCUGUUUUUGUUUCUGUUUUUUGUUGUCAGGUUGCUGAGGGAUGAAUUAAUUCACAUUUUCUUUGAUUUAUUUUGGUAGCACGAAGAUAUUUUCUAGCUUUGGGACUGUAAGACAUUGUGUUGGAGAUCCAAACCUAUGUCAGAAUGAAGCUAGAAAAUGAGCAUGUGCUUGGUGUUCAAGCUCCCCCGAGAAAGUCAUAUAACCCUUUUGAUUCUGAUGAUGAAGACUCAAAUACUUAUGCAAAGAGUAACAUUAAUGGGUAUGAUAUAAAAAGCUUUGAGUCCACUCCAGACUCGUUGACCUUUCACUUGGACAGUGGUAACUUAUCAUGGGAAGAAGCUAUACUCAAUCAUUCUCGGAUUUUAAGUAAUUCAAUCAGUGCUGAUGCAACUAGUGAGGAAGCUCUGUAUAGGAAGGAUACCGAACUAUUUACUGAUAAAUCAGUUACUGAAUGUGAGCUACCAGAGGUAAUGUUUUCCUACAAAGAUAAUGGUUUUCACUCUGUCAAAGACAUUGGGAUAGAUGACGGAGUUCCUACAAAUGAUACGGUUUGGAUUAAAAGCCAAGACAAUCAUGAGAGUAAAACUGUGUCUUUUGUCCUACCUCUGAAUGAUGAUGUUAAUGGUGAUGUGCCGUUAAAGGAAGGAAUGAAAAUUAGGUCAGAUAAUGAUGUAGAAGAGGAUCCAUCCGUUCAAGACCAAGCCGAAGAUUCAGUGAAAAAGAAUGGACUUGUUCAUGGAGCCUUAGAGAGGCCAUACUCUGCUGAUCAAUGUGGGACUGAUGAUUUGCUAGAGGUGCAUGAGUUUGAGCAUGAUUCAAGCGAGAAAGAGAAAGGGUUCGAUUCUAGUUGGCAAAGUAAAGAUUUGGUAGAGAGUGGUGCUGUGGUUUAUGGUAGAAAAGACCCUCAAGUAGGUGUAGGUGAGAAAGAUGAAGUAAAUUGUCAUAAGGAGGAGAAUGCAGAGAUUGAAGUCUCUGAGGAGGAGCAUUGCAAAGAUAAUGUACCUCCAGAGCAUGCAGACGCAGAUUUAUCCCUCACAAAGCCUUCAAUUGUUCAUGGAGUAGAAACCAGUAUGGAGAGCAAUGAGCAUCAAAAUGAGGAAGCUACUUCGGAACAAUCUGCUGAGCUCCCUGCAUUACAUGAACCAGUUAGUAAUGGUAUUAACAACACAUUGUCCUACAAUAGCAAGGUGGAGUCGGGAAGUAUUAUCUUGGAUUUCAACGCUGCUGCUACUGAUCCUGAGAAGGAAAAGGAGGACGAAGUUUCACAAAAGAAUGAGGCAGUGGAGAAACCUCCUGUGACUCAAACUAUGUCUAGGGAUGAUAGUGGAGCGCCUGGUAGUAUUCUAGACCUUGGGACAGAUAAGAGGGUUCAUGGGGAGACGAGCUUUUCUGCUGCAAUGCCACUUCCUUCAUCUAUAACUUACAUGGGGCCCGUUGCACACUCUGGCAACAUAUCUCUCCGAUCUGAAAGCAGCGCAGGCAGCACUCGUUCCUUCGCCUUUCCUGUGUUGCAGGCAGAAUGGAAUACCAGUCCAGUGAGAAUGGCGAAAGCGGAUCAGAGAAAUUUUCGUAAGCAAAGAGGAUGGGUUCAUACACUCGUGUGCUGUAAAUUCUGAGUCGUCUCUGUUCUUUUUUAAGUUUAUAGUUUAUACACAUAGUAUUUCGACUCUGGUAGGUUGGGGUUGGAAAUUGGGGUUGGGGUUGUGCAGAGGUUUCAUGAUGGUGUUGGUAGGUAUGGUUUAUCCUUUAGGUUGCAGAGUUGAGAUGUAAAUGGCUAUCUUAACAUACUUUCAUGUUGAGAUUCCAUCCUGAAGGUUUAUGCAUGCACAUUGAUUUUAUUUAUAGGAUACAUAAGAGAUCUGGGGGCUAAUGCUCGAAAAUCUGAGACAUCACUUUUGAACUGCUAUGCGUAUUGGCCCUGCCGGUUUAACCAGUACCUUCACUGUUGUAGACCUAGAAAUGUUGAACCUCUGAGGACCUUAACCAUCCUACUCCGCUAAACGUACACAACGGGCUGGUCUGGGUAGAUCCCAACCGAUCAAUAAAGUAGCUGGGUUUGACCUGGUUAUUACUGGGUGAUCAGGGCUUUCAAAUGGGGCACUACUCAGUGCCCAACAUGCUCCAUCAGAGAUACGAGAAACUUGGUUUGAGUGAAGGGAAUUUUCAGAAUGUGAACUGGACAGGGUUUGCAGGAUCAGAAACUAUUUGUUGCUACACAUAUCUUCAUCGAUAUUGAUGUCUCUAAAUAAGUUUUGUAGGUGAAUGACAGACUUUUACAUUAUAGCUUGUCUGUAUGCUCCAUCAGAAAGUGAUGAAUUUUCUGUGAACAAGAGUUAAAAUAUUUGUAGCUAUUUUCAGAGCUAUAAUGGUUAAUCAAGAAAGCAACAAAACAUUGUUUCUUA